AAAAAUGUGCUUUUGGUCUUAAUUUAAAGUUAGGUUUAGGCAUCAGGUUAUCGGUGUGGUUAAGGUUAGGUUUAAAAUCAGAUUUUAAGAAGAGAAAUUGUAGAAAUAGGCGGGGUUUAGCAAUAAUUAUGACCUUGUGGCUGUGGUAACUAGUGACGACCGUAUGAGUUUGACAGAUCGUGGAGCGGAGCUGACUGAGGUGAAAACCCCAAAAACUUUGGGAAUAACAAGCCCUACUCCAUUCGACCAACAUACACGAGUAACCUUCAGGAUAUGCAACUAAUGAACAAAAAUGCGACAAAAGCUAGUAACAUUUUAAUUUGACAAAGUCCCACCUCGAGUUUGUCAAGUAGAAGAAACAAUAUUCCCGUGUUUUCGACGUUAAUGAACGUGGAAUAGAGCAGGCAAGGAACACCUCAUCAGGCGAAAGUCGGACUGUCCAGGAUCCAACUAGCUCAGCUACCUAGCUACUGCUUGGAUCAAUUGUUUGCAUGCAUCAAAGGACGGGAAUGGUGGCACCAUGACCGAGGGUGGCUGAGAGUCAGGUGAGAAGCCACACAGCGCCAUGGAGGGCACCAGGGCCACCAUCUUGCCGCCGGUCAGAAGCGACGGCCCCCGACGGGAUCGGAAGCGGCGUGUCGGGUGUCCUGUAAGGAAGGGGGGUGUCUGCCAGAACAGGACCGCCUCCCCACAUGGGGAGUGCACCUCGGACGGAGAGAGGGAGCCGGAGUCAGCCUUGAAGGAACUGAAACCAAACCUGCUGUCGAAGGGGCUGGGCAAAUGGGAUACUGAGGGGGAGCGAGGAGCAGAGGUGUCGCCUGAGGGUGAGGACGGCCUUUGCUCCUGGGAAAUGGACUCUCAGGACGAGGAGGCGCAGCAGCAGGAGAAAGAGGAGGAGAAACAGAAGGGGAGUAGUAACAGCCACAGCACCUCCAAUACGGAUAGCCCUGCCCCCUCCAGCAGCUGCACAGAUCUGUCCCAGACGUCGUCUCCAUCGCUGUCGGACCAGCUCUUCCUGGGUCGAGAGGAAGGGACGGGGGCCGGGAUCAAUGUGGAAUGUCGGAUCUGUGGAGACAAAGCCUCGGGGUUCCACUACGGAGUACACGCUUGUGAAGGCUGCAAGGGCUUUUUCCGCCGGACCAUCCGUAUGAAGCUGGAGUAUGAGCGCUGUGAGCGCAGCUGUAAGAUCCAGAAGAAGAGCAGGAACAAGUGCCAGUACUGCCGCUUCCAGAAGUGCCUGCUGCUAGGCAUGUCCCACGACGCGAUCCGGUACGGCCGCAUGCCGGAGGCGGAGAAGAGGAAGCUGGUGGCAGGCCUCCUGGCAGGAGAUACGGCUCCGACCACCAACCCCAACGGCUCGGACCUCAAAUCCCUGGCCAAGCGGGUCAACAACGCCUACCUGAAGAACCUCAACAUGACCAAGAAGAAAGCUCGCAGCAUCCUCACCGGCAAGAAUAGCUCCAGCCCGGUAGCGUAUCCAUAUCCCUUUGUGAUCCACGACAUGGACUCGUUGCACCAGGCUGAGAACGGGCUGGUGUGGAACCAGCUGAUCAACGGGACGCCGCCCAACAAGGAGAUAGGGGUUCACGUGUUCUACCGCUGCCAGUGCACCACGGUGGAGACGGUCAGGGAGCUCACGGAGUUCGCCAAGAGCAUCCCCGGCUUUGUAGACCUCUUCCUCAACGACCAGGUGACGCUGUUGAAAUACGGCGUGCAUGAGGCUAUCUUCGCCAUGCUUCCCUCACUCAUGAACAAGGAUGGGCUGCUGGUGGCCAACGGGAAGGGCUUUGUGACCCGGGAGUUCCUGCGCAGCCUGCGGCGGCCCUUUAGCGAGAUCAUGGAGCCCAAGUUUGAGUUUGCCGUUAAGUUCAACGCCCUGGAGCUGGACGACAGUGACCUGGCCCUGUUUGUGGCCGCCAUCAUCCUCUGUGGAGACCGUCCGGGGCUGAUGAACAUCAAGCAGGUGGAGGAGAUUCAGGACAGCAUCCUGCAGGCCCUAGACCAGCACCUGCUGGGCAACCAUGCUGACUCACAUUACCUCUUCCCCAAGCUGCUCAACAAGAUGGCCGACCUGCGCCAGCUGGUCACAGAGAACGCCAUGCUGGUCCAGAAGAUUAAGAAGACUGAGUCAGAGACCUCACUGCACCCGCUGCUGCAGGAGAUCUACAAGGACAUGUACUGACUGGACUGAACUGGACCAGACUGGUUUUAGCUUUCUACCACAGCGAUGCUGUUCACUCACUCCUGUGAGUGGGAGUCACAUGGGGUGCAUGUUUUUUGUUCCAGCACUAACACACCCGAUUCAACUCCUCAGCCAAUCAAUCACGACCUGGAUCAGUUGAGUCAGGUGUGUCGGCGUUUUUAUUCUAACGUUUUUUUUAUAAAAGCCUGAGGAAAACAGAUGCCUGAAAUGGCAAUGUGCUGACUGGUGGGAGUUAUGACUAUGAACAUAGCUGCACACUCUUGUUUCCGAUGCAAUUAAUUUCUAAAGAAUCACCAUAGUUUGGGCAGCAAACUGCCUUCAUCAGGGUCUCUUGACUGUCUGGACUGGAUGGAAUGACAUACUGAUUGGGAAUGGAGCAAUGGACUAAUGGGAGACAUACAAAGUAAUACACACCCUACCACAUAUUAAACAUGUGUGGAAGUGGUUGGGUGUGCCAAAUAUAUAUGUGUGUGUGUGUGUGUGUGUGUGUGUGUGUGUGUGUGUGUGUGUAUGUAUGUGUGUGUAUAUUAUAUAAAAGCUGAUUUGAGCUGUUUAAAGACAUAAUUGAUGCUGCUGUAUAGCAGGUAUUUAACUGUGGUUGGACAGGACUGAUACAGUUGACGGCUUGUAGUGUCCUGCUCUCAAGGUGGUGAAGGUGCAGAGGUAUUCCAGGAGAAUAGCAAACAGCUCCCCAACCAACGCCACAACAAAACCAAGACUCCUUUUAUUUCCCCCCCUCUAUUUUUCGACCGAUGAUCAGCGUUGCUAUUUUUAUACAACAGAUUUUUGUAGUCUCUCCCGAUGAGGAGUGUUUUUUUUACAACGGUCAACCCAUUCUUAACCCUGCAGUUCAGGGUUAUCACCAGACUGUUCUGCCAUUUUGUUGUUUGUUCUACAAACUCUGAGAGGUUGUGAUGCUGAUUUUCAGAAAAGGGAUGGUUCUGCUUGCCUGUAGAAAUAAGAGGGUCGUCGGAAACCAUGGGCGUCCCCUUUCCCAUUCUUAAGGCCCUUAACCUGGGAUCAGCUAUCACCAAACCCCCUUAACUCUCCUUUCCUCAUAUGGAUACCUUCAGUACAAAUUCACACCCGUCAACCUCCCAAUUUAUCUGUCAAUCAUAGAAUGAUUUUGAUUGAUAUCUCACCCCCCCCCCCCCCUCCUCUUAGACCAGGAAGCACAUGGACAUACUCAGUCUCACUUCUCAAUGGACACAUAUACACAUUUAUAGAUUCUUACAACCUCCUAACCUCAAUACCUUUUUUGUUUUAUUUUGUGUACAACUGUUGGGUCUAAAACCAUGGGACGAUUCUGUGUUGUCAUACUGUGAAGGUUAACCUGACCCCAGGGUCUGUGUAAGAUGUUUCCAUGUAUGAUUUUACUUAUGUAUAAUUGAAGUAUUAUUUGUAUGUAUUUUUUCAGCCAGGCGGUGUUCUGUAACCUGAGCGCUGUCGAUAUGCCAAACUCUGAAGCUGGUCGCAUGCUUCCUAGUCAAAACAGUUCACGCAUAUAUUACGACAACAUCAUGUGACGUUUUUGUUUUGUUGUUCGGCAGGGUUCUUUCCGGCUGUUCACGCACACAUUUUUUUUCUUCUUCAAGUGUAAGUUCAGUAGCCGACGCCUACGUCCCUUAGUCGGUGAUAGGUCAACAGUUGGGGUGGGAACUACGAACGGGAUUGUUCAAAGAAGUGUAUGCUGUCAUUCAAUGAGAAAGCGCAGCAGCGGCCAGGCCCUACUGUCUGCACUGCACCACUAGUUUUCAUGCACAUUAUUUCACUUGAUGUACUGCCCCAAACAUCUAAGACCUCCUCGGCAAACACGUCAAUUUUUGGAGGAAGUGUGGCUCAAGAGGGAUAAAUAACAGUAAUAUUGCCAAUUAUUUUCUUGUUUUUCAAGAGAAGGUCUUAAGGGAGUAUGCUAGCACAAACAUUCGCUUCGCCUAGCCGAGUUCUGCUGGGAGCAAACCCAAACCUAUGUAUGCAGCGGAUGCCUUAACAGUAAAAUUCUCAUAUGAUGAGCUUCCCACUCAUUCUUUCCCCCUCUUCUCAUUCUUCCGCUGAGUAGGGUGUGAAACAUUUGGCCAGCUAUCGGUCACUCGCACAGUCUAACUAAAGACCAUUUUGUAAUACUUCGAGAGAAAUGGAUCCUCCUCCUUUAGUUGCUCCCCUCCUCCUUUCCAACUUUCACUUCAAUCACUGGUCUGAAAGGCCUGAUCAAAUGAAAGCAAUACAGUGAAGACUUCUGUAGGACUUCCACCAUAGACUUGACCUAUACCUUUCUUUUAGAUCAGUGAUCAACUGAAGGGAGUUGAAAUGCAUGCCAACGGUUAAGACAUCACUGCUAGAAAUACAUUGACUUGUUCUAUUGCUCUGGAUAAACCAUCAUAAUACUGAAGCUGUUGGAAUUCUUAGAUGCAGGGGGACCAAUCUAUUUUGCCAUGAGAGGAAAUGAGUUUAUCCUCCAUUCUUUAGGUCAACCAAUCAUGGUAACUGAUGAAAUACUGCAUGUCCUACAUAGAAAUUAUUUAAAUGAUAUGCAAAUCUAUUUUUAUUAUUUUCUAUAUUGUGACAGAAUUGCUGCAAAAACAAGGUAUGUAUUAUUACAGUACCCGUCGACAGUUUGGACACACCUACUCAUUCCAGAGUUUUUCUUUUUACUUUUUUCUACAUUGUAGAAUAAUAGUGAAGACAUCAAUACUAUGAAAUAACACAUGGAAUCAUGUAGUAAUCAACAAAGUGUUACACAAAUCAAAAUAUAUUUAAAAUUUGAGAUGCUUCAAAGUAGCCACCCUUUGCCUUGAUGACAGAUUUUGCACUCUCUUGGCAUUCUCUCAACCAGCUUCAUGAGGUAGUCACCUGGAAUGCAUUUCAAUUUAAUUUGUGGAAUUUCGUUACUUAAUGCAUUUGAGCCAAUCAGUUGUGUUGUGACAAGGUAGGGGUGCUAUACAGAAGAUACCCCUAUUGGGUAAAAGACCAAGUCCAUAUUCUGGCAAGAACAGCUCAAAUAAGCAAAGAGAAAUGACAGACCAUUACUUUAAGACAUUACAUUUCAAAUGUUUUAUUUCAAGAACUUUUAAAGUUUCUUCAAGUGCAGUCGCAAAAACAAUCAAGAGCGAUGAUGAAACUGGCUCUCAUGGGGACCGCCACAGGAAAGGAAGACCCAGAGUUAACUCUGCUGCAGAGGAUAAGUUCAUUAGAGUUAACUGCACCUCAGAUUGCAGCCCAAGUAACAGACACAUCUCAACAUCAACUGUUCAGAGGAGACUAUGAGAAUCAGGCCUUCAUGGUCGAAUUGCUGCAAAGAAACCACUACUAAAGGACACCCAUAAGAGACUUGCUUGGGCCAAGAAACACAAGAAAUAGACAUUAGACCGCCGUAAAUCUGUCCUUUGGUCGGAUGAGUCCAAAAUCUUUUAUUGUUGGUUCUAACCGCCGUGUCUUUGAGACGCAGAGUAGGUGAACGGAUGAUCUCCGCAUGUGUGUUUCCCACCGUGAAGCAUGGGGGGGGGGGGCUUUGCUGGUGACACUGUCUGUGAUUUAUUUAGAAUUCAAGGCACAUUUAACC